AUGUUUGUAGCAACGAUCUUUGCUAGAGAAUAUCUUGUUCUCUUUCCUAUCCAUCUCAGUUAUACAUUUUUGUUUACCUCUCACCCAAUCCCCCCUCUCUCUCUUUCCCUCUCCUGUUCAUUUCGAAUUCAAUUUGAAUUAAUGUGUGUCCCAAUCUAUCUAUCUAUCUAUCUAUCUAUCUAUCUAUCUAUCUAUCUAUCUAUCUAUUACAGUUUGUAUCUAUUUAUUUUUCUGACGUUGUUAAUUAUCUAUCUACCUACCUAUCUGCUCAUCUCUCCCAGCCUCCCCCUCUCACUCUCUCUCUCACUCUCACUCUUUCUCACUCUCUCUGUCUCUCUCUCUCUGAAAAUAUACGUUUUUCUCCCUCUCUCUCUCUCUCUCUCUCUCUCUCUCCUCUCUCUCAUGAUUAAUAAUUUUUUGUCACUUCUUCUUUCGGUUCUCUUCGCACAUUUCUUUAUUGCAGAAUUAUUCCCCUCACUUUUGGAUAGCGUCUCUUGGCCCCAGCCUCGCUUUCUCAUAUACUCCGUCUAG